AUGGCCACGCUUAUCUCAACCCUUCUCCUUGCCGUUUCGGUCCUGGCUGCACCAGUUGUCGAUAAAAGAGCUAGCGCACCUACAGCUACUAUUUCGACGCCCCAGGCUACUAUAAUUGGAUCUACAUCGGGGAAUAUCGACAGCUUCCAUGGGAUCCCAUUCGCUCUCGCACCGACGGGAUCCCUUCGGCUUAAGCCUCCGCAGGUAAUAGCAACAUCGCUGGGAACAGUGAAAGCAACUGGGACAGCCAUGGCAUGUCCCCAAUUCUACUUUACAACAAGUAGCAGUGAUUUCCCCAUAUCCAUUCUAGGGGAAAUUGCCGAUAUCCCGUUAUUUCAAACUGUCACCGAUGCUGGAGAAGACUGUUUGAAUCUUAAUGUCCAACGCCCAUCUGGGACUACAGCUGGUGCUGGUCUCCCGGUGUUGCUGUGGAUAUUUGGUGGUGGCUUUGAACUCGGAUCAACGUCGAUGUAUGAUGGCGCGGAGAUUGUGGCGUCGUCGGUGACAUUGGAUAUGCCGGUUGUAUUCGUCGCUAUAAAUUAUCGCGUGGGUGGUUUCGGUUUCAUGCCCGGAUCAGAAAUAUUGAAGGAUGGUUCGGCAAACCUUGGUCUUCUUGAUCAACGGCUAGCUCUGGAAUGGGUCGCUGAUAACAUCGAGGCCUUUGGAGGUGAUCCGUCCAAGGUGACUAUUUGGGGUGAAUCGGCUGGUUCGAUCUCUGUGUUUGAUCAAAUGGCUCUAUACGGAGGCAAUAUCACAUAUAAAGGAUCGCCACUUUUCCGGGGCGCCAUCAUGGAUUCCGGAAGUGUUGUUCCAGCAGACCCAGUUGAUGGCGUGAAGGGGCAAGCAGUAUACGACGCCGUUGUGAAGGAUGCAGGGUGCAGCGAAGCGACUGAUACGCUCGAGUGUCUCCGUGACCUGGACUACACGACCUUCCUCAACGCUGCCAACUCCGUGCCUGGACUUUUGUCAUAUAACUCCAUUGCCCUUUCAUAUCUCCCGCGUCCCGACGGGACUGUUCUUACCGACUCUCCGGAGAACUUGGCUCUAGAAGGAAAAUACGCCUCCGUCCCGUUCAUCAUCGGAGAUCAAGAAGACGAGGGAACCAUAUUCGCACUGUUCCAGUCCAAUAUAACGACAGAGACGGAGAUCGUGGAGUACCUGCAAGAUCUCUUCUUUGCCGACGCGUCUCUCACACAGCUAGAGGAUCUGGUCGCUACUUAUCCCAACGUCACAACGGAUGGCUCGCCAUUCCGGACCGGAACCGCCAAUAACUGGUAUCCACAGUAUAAGCGCUUAGCAGCCAUCCUGGGUGAUCUUACAUUCACACUCACCCGGAGAAUCUUUCUGACUAUUGCCAACCAAGUCAAGCCUGAUGUCCCUUCUUGGUCCUAUCUCUCUUCAUAUGACUACGGCACUUUAUUGUUGGGAACAUUCCAUGGUUCGGACAUUUUACAAGUCUUUUACGGAAUCUUGCCCGAUUAUGCAUCCAAGGCUACGCAUGCUUACUAUUUUUCAUUCGUUUAUGAUUUGGAUCCUAAUACCAAGGCUACGGGUUAUAUGGAUUGGCCACAGUGGAGCACGAAUCAAAGCCUGAUGAACUUCUUUAGUAGUGAUGCAGCUCUUCUCGCUGAUAAUUUCCGAUCCGAGAGUUGCGAGUUCCUCAAGGAGAAUAUCGCGUCAUUCCAUAUUUAG